GAGCUUCUGUGAACACUGUGAUGGCAGACCUUUGGCCUCACUCACGAGAUUAACGUCGAGCAGACCGUCGACAGCCUGACACCUGAUAUCUUCAGUGUGGCGCACAGAUUGAUUGGGAACACGGAAAGCUGCCCGCGUUCAGUGUGGGGACAUGCUGCGCAGGGAGAGCACACCUUCACCAGCGGAUUAGCAGUUGCAGCACUUAACUUUGACUCUGACAUUAGUGGACGCGUAGUCCUACUGGAGGAGCUUCGCGCGUAACUCGCAGCCCAUUAGCGCAUUUCAUGGGGAUCCACAGAUGACAAGACCUGCACGCUGCGGGUUGCUCACACCAUCUACGAGGAUCUCUGAUGUGGAACAUGGCGAGAGGGAUGAGAGGAGCUCAUCUCCCCGCCGUAUUAUUUACCUUUUGGAUAACACUUUUCAGGGACGCAGAUGGACAAGAAACUUUUAAUGAUGUAACAGGUUUCAGUCUGAAUCCACCGUACUUCAACCUCGCUGAGGGAUCUAGUAUUUCUGCCACAGCAACCUGCGGACAGGAUGGGACUGGCGCACCGAGAUAUGAUUUAUAUUGCAAUCUUGUCGGAGGACCAAAUACCGAACUUCCUCCUCAAAACAUACAGGGUCAGUUUUGUGACUUCUGCAACUCCAACGACCCAAACAAAGCCCACCCGGUGACCAACGCCAUCGAUGGGACAGAGCGGUGGUGGCAGAGUCCUCCUCUGUCCAAGGGAAUAGGCUACAAUGAGGUGAACGUUACCCUGGACCUGGGGCAGCUCUUCCAUGUAGCGUAUGUCCUCAUCAAGUUUGCUAAUUCACCUCGCCCUGACCUGUGGGUGCUGGAGCGCUCUGUGGACCAUGGGAGAACCUUCUCCCCUUGGCAAUAUUUUGCACAUUCAAAACGUGAGUGUAUUGAAAGGUUCAGAAAGCAGCCCAAUGCUCGUAUAUUGAGUGACAAUGACCAGAUCUGCACUACAGAGUACUCACGAAUCGUCCCUCUGGAGAACGGAGAGAUCGUGGUGUCUCUGGUCAACGGCCGGCCGGGGUCCAGAAACUUUACCUACUCACCAGUGCUGCGAGACUUUACAAAGGCUACCAACAUCCGCCUGCGCUUCCUCCGCACCAACACCCUGCUUGGCCACCUUAUCUCCAAGGCCCAGAGAGACCCCACGGUCACACGAAGGUAUUACUAUAGUAUCAAGGACAUCAGCAUUGGUGGACGCUGUGUUUGUCAUGGGCAUGCACAGGUGUGUGGUGGAGGCCGAAACCAGGACAACCCAAACAGACGCCAGUGUGAGUGCCGACACAACACCUGCGGUGAGUCAUGUGACCACUGCUGCCCGGGCUUCAACCAGAAACCAUGGCGUGCCGCGACCGUUGACAGCCCAAAUGAGUGUCAGCCCUGCCAGUGUUUCUCGCAUGCGUUUGACUGUUAUUACGACCCAGAGGUGGAAAAGAGGGGAGCAAGUUUAGACACCUUCGGCAGGUAUGAUGGAGGAGGAGUGUGCAUCAACUGCCAGCACAACACUGCCGGAGUGAACUGUGAGCGCUGCAUUGAAGGUUUCUACAGGCCAUACGGAGUCCCUCCAGAGUCUCCCGCUGGCUGUAUCCCCUGCAGCUGUGAUGACAGGACUACAGCCGGCUGUGAAAUGGGGUCUGGAAGGUGUAUCUGCAAGCCACAGUUCGCUGGAGAAAACUGCGACCGUUGUGCUGAUGGAUACUAUUACUACCCUCAGUGCAUUCGAUAUCCUGUGUUCCCGGCCACCACCAAAUCCCCUGCCGGUCCCAUUGUGGUGCCCACUGCUUGCCCUCUGGGUUAUUUCGGCUCUCCCAGCUGUCAGCAGUGUAUCUGCGACUACAGGGGGACGGCGUACGGGGUGUGCGAUGCUUCGGGGCGCUGCCUGUGCCGUCAGGGCGUGGAGGGCGAGUACUGUGACCGCUGCCGACGGGGGUACCACUCCUUCCCUGACUGCCAGGAGUGUCUCUGUGACGGGGCCGGUGUGGCUGACAGUGUGUGCAGCCCAAGCGGUCAGUGUGUUUGCCUCCCCAACUACGUGGGACGGCAGUGUGAUGAAUGUGCACCGGGCUUCUAUGGAUAUCCGGACUGUGCUGUCUGUAAGUGUUCACGGGAAGGCUCAUACGGCACGACGUGCAACCCGCUCUCUGGUCAGUGUCUCUGCCUCCCAGGUGUGGUGGGACAGCGGUGCGACCGCUGUGCCUCUGGACUCCGGUUCCCCCAAUGCUCAGCCCCCGUAAGCACGUGCAACACAGCAGGAACCGAGGUUUCUGAUCCUCAAACCGGCUCCUGCCGCUGCCUGCCAAACGUAGAAGGAACCCUGUGCGACAGGUGUAAACCUCUCUACUGGAAUCUGGCUACAGAAAACCCUCGGGGCUGCAUAGAGUGUCAGUGCGAUCUGAGAGGGACUCUGAGUGGCGUCGGACAGUGCGAACAGAAAGGUGGACAGUGCCACUGCAAGCCCAACACGUGCGGCCAUUCAUGUGACUCCUGCAAGGAAGGGUAUUUCCUGCUGCAGAAAAAGAAUUACUUUGGGUGUCAAGGCUGUAGGUGUGAUGUAGGCGGUGCCAUCGGCAUGGCGUGUGACGAGGUGUCAGGACAAUGUCGGUGCCGGAUGAAUGUAAUUGGCCGUCAAUGCACUGAGCCAGCGCCAAGCUACUACUUUCCUACUCUGCACCAGCUGAAGUUUGAGGUGGAGGAUGGCACCACGCCAAACGCCAGACCAGUACGCUUUGGUUAUAACCCGCAGGAAUUCCCAGAUUUCAGCUGGAGGGGUUACGCUGUAAUGUCUCCUGCACAGAGUGAAGUCAGAGUAACAGUGCAUGUUGAUCCAAAAGACGGUGGGCAGCACUUAUUCCGCGUGGUUCUGCGGUUCAUUAACCCCAGCAGCUCCAGUGUGACUGGUAGCAUCAAGGCUGCCAAUAACAGAGGCGCUGCAGGGACAGAGCAGAGUAAAGAAGUCAUAUUUCCCGCAAGUCCGUCCCCGUCCUUCCUGACUGUCCCAGGGGAGGGCUUUGCUGAGCCCUUUGCACUGACCCCUGGAAAAUGGAUAGUUCACAUAAGGGCAGAGGGCGUUCUGUUGGACUAUUUAGUGCUGCUGCCCAAGGAUUACUAUGAGGCACCGCUGCUGCAGGAAAAGAUCACGGAGCCCUGCACGUACUUACCCACAGCAAACCGGGACGCAAACUGCCUGUUGUAUAAGCACGUACCCCUGGAUGGCUUCAGCUCUGCGCUGGGCUCACAGGGAAUACUCUCCACCCGACGUGGCCGGAGGAAGAGGAGACAGGCCCGUGUGCGCCGCCCCACCCCGGAUCACCCGGAAAUGGCUGCUCUCAAUGGGAGACAGUCGCAGCUCCAGCUCAGUCUCCGUGUGCCUCGCCCGGGCCCAUACGCUCUUGUCCUGGAAUAUGCCAGCGAGUUGGACACCGCCCAGAAUGUCAACAUAUUCAUCGGUGGUCAAUCUGGGGGCCAGAUUCCAGCCAGGGCCAACAUUUACAGUUGCGCCUUCAGCACUUUGUGCCGGAGUGUUGCGGUGGACAGCAGAAACCAAGUGGCGUCGUUGGAGCUCACUCACAAGACGGAAGUUGUUCUGCAGACCUCCACUACGUCAUUCCUUCUGUAUAAAGUGUACGCGGUGCCUGCAGAUGAGUUCACCACUGAGUAUGUAGAGCCCAAGGUGCUGUGUGUCUCCACUCAUGGCCGCUUCACUGAAGACAGUCGACACUGUGUCCUGAGCCAGUUCAACAAGCCCACCUCUGCCUAUGCUCUGUAUGCGGCCCGCGAUGGGCAGCUGAUGUCCCCGCCGGCUGCUGCUCUGCAGCCACGAGAGAACGAGGACUGGAGGAGGAGGCGACAGACUGGAGUGUUCCCUGUCCGUGAACCUCAAAGUGAUGGCGUGCUGCUUAAAUUCCCUCAGACGGGGAUCAGUUUCACUCCCAGGGUGCCCCUUCCAGGCAGGUAUGUGGUCGUGGUCCAUUAUCACCAGCCUGAACAUAUCUCCUUCCCUGUGGAAGUACGAGUAGCGGCGGGGCGUGAGUGGAAGGGUUUGGUCAAUGCAUCCUUCUGCCCUGCGGUCUCAGGCUGCAGGGAGGUCGUCGUCGCUGAUGGCCGCAUUGCCCUCGACUUCGAUGAGAAUUCUUGGCAGCUGCCCUCCAUUUCUGUGGUCGUGCCACCUAGGAAGACUCUUACGCUAGAUUAUAUCUUGUUGGUUCCUGAUAGCAGUUACAUCCCAGAGCUCCUGAAACAAAAGCCACUGGAUAAAUCUGCAGAUUUCAUACAGCAGUGCAGAGGAGAAGGCUUCUAUAUUGACCCCAGAACUUCCUCCCUGUUCUGCAGAGACGCAGCUCGCUCUCUUGUAGCAGCUUAUAAUGACGGGGCUCUGCCCUGUGACUGUGACAAGUCCGGCUCUACAGGGACCGUCUGUGAUCCUGUUGGGGGACAGUGUCCCUGCAGGCAGCAUGUCAUCGGGCGGCAGUGCACAAAAUGCGCCACAGGAUACUAUGGAUUUCCCUACUGCAGACCUUGCGAUUGCGGCCGCCGACUGUGCGACGAGGUCACGGGUCGCUGUAUCUGCCCUCCUCAGACCGUCAGACCGGCCUGUGACACGUGUCAGUUUCAGACCUUCAGCUACCAUCCUUUGCUGGGCUGCGAGAACUGUGAGUGCUCUCCGAUCGGCAUAAACACGAACGCAGGGGACCAGUGCGACCGCAUCUCUGGACAGUGCAGUUGCAAGCCGACUAUUGGAGGCAGGAAGUGCGACCGCUGCGCCGCAGGUUAUUAUGGCUUCCCUGACUGCGUGCCCUGCGACUGCAAUCAAGGUGGAGUUACAUCCAAUGUGUGUGACCCCGACACUGGCAGGUGUCUCUGCAAGAGAAAUGUGGCCGGCGCCAGGUGCGAUGCUUGUCGGGAAGGUUCCUUUUAUUUUGACCCGUCCAACCCUCACGGCUGCACCAGCUGCUUCUGUUUCGGAGCCACCGACCAGUGUCAGAGCUCCAGCAAACGCAGAGGGAAGUUUGUAGGCAUGCGCGGCUGGCGUUUGGAAACCUCCAGCAACGAGGAGGUUUCCUCUGUGCUGAACACAGCCAGUAACACAGUGGUGGCAGAUAUCCAGGAGCUUCCUCCUACAGUGCAGAAUCUACACUGGGUGGCACCACCGUCCUACCUGGGAGACAGGGUUUCAUCGUACGGUGGUUUCCUCACCUUCCAGUCCAAGUCUUUCGGGAUACCCAGCGAGGGGAUGAGUGCCAUAGACAGGAGACCGGAUGUCGUGCUGACUGGACAGGAUAUGACUCUGAUCCACAUGGCUCCACAAGUCCCACUUCCAGACAGGCUGCAUCAGGGCAGAGUCCAGCUCUUGGAGGGAAACUGGCGCCAUGCUGGCACCAACAGGCCUGUGUCUAGACAGGAGCUGAUGAUGGUCCUAGCUGGCCUGGAAGGCCUGAGGAUCCGAGCCCUGUAUUUUACUCACAGCCAGCGACUCAGCUUGGGCGAGGUGGGCCUAGAAGAAGCCACAAACUCGGGCACCGGAAGUCCUGGAAACACCGUGGAGGACUGUUCCUGCCCCCCUCAGUAUGCCGGAGACUCAUGUGAGAGGUGUGCUCCUGGUUUCUACAGAGAUGGCAGUAGGCCUUACCUGGGCCGCUGCGUCCCCUGUGAGUGCAACGGCCUGGCUGAAGAGUGUGAGGAGAGGACAGGGCGGUGCCUGAACUGUCAGUACAACACAGCUGGAGACAGAUGUGAACGCUGCAAAGAAGGUUACUAUGGAAACGCAGCUCAGAGGACGUGCAGGGCGUGCCCGUGCCCAUUUUCUACGCAAAGUUUUGCGGUAGGAUGCAGAGAGGUGUAUGGACGCAUCCAGUGUGUGUGCAGAGCAGGCUACGCCGGUGAGAACUGUGAGAGUUGUGCUGCUGGUUACUAUGGCGAUCCACUGACGCAAGGUGGAAGUUGUCGUCCUUGCAAUUGCAAUGGCAAUGGGAACAACUGUGAUCCCAGGACUGGAGUUUGCAAGAACACACUGGAGCCAGGAGACACGAACACAGAUGAGCAAUGCCAAGAGUGUGACAGCUGUGCACAAACCUUGCUCAAUGACCUGGAGAAGCUGGAUGAUGAGCUGGGAAGGAUCAAGGCUCAGCUGGACAACGCCACUGCAAGCUCCUCUUCACAGGACAGGCUGAAGAAGCUGGAGAAGGCUUUAUCGGACACCAAGAUCCUUGUCAACAAAUUCACCUCUGCCAUUAACGGCCAAAAGACCAGAGUUGACCAAUUAGAAGACGACACGUCCACUCUUGCAGACGACAUCAGCUCUCUCAAGGACAAGGCGGACCAGAAGGCUACUGAAGCUGACAAGGCCGUGGAAGAUGCCGAAAAAACCCACAAGAGGGCGAAAGAUUUGGAUUCAGAUAUUAAAGACUUACUCAAGAAAAUCCAAGAUCUUCUGGACCAGCUGAAGAAUCAAGACAGCAGAGGUGACGUUCCCAAUGCGAACUUGAAUAAAAUGCUGGAGGACGCUAAGCGCAUGGUGAAAGAAAUGGAAAACAGGGACUUCACCCCUCAGAAGACAGCUGCAGAGAAAGAAGAAGACAAGGCUCAGAAAUUACUAGACUACAUCAAGGCGAAUGUGAGCGACCAGUGCGACCAAAAUGAGGCCGCAGCAGAAAGGAUCCGGGGACUUCUGACUGGUUACACCGACAAGCUGAAGGACCUGGACAGGGCUCUGAAGGAGGCGGCGGACUUGGUGAAGAAAGCCAAUGCUCAGAACGGUCUCAAUGUGGAGUCACUGGAAGAUCUGAAGAAACGAAUUGAAGCUUUAAAGACAGAGCGGAAAACUGUUGAAGACCAAAUGGCCAUGGCGGAGGACGAGCUGCAGAAAACAGAGGAUUUGUUGAAAAUGCUCCAAGACAGUAAAAUGGAGUACGAGCAGUUGGCAGCACAGCUGGAUGGUGCCAAGACUGAUUUAAACACGAAGGUGAACAACCUUUCCCAGGCAGCCGCAAAGAAAAAAACUGUGGAGGAUGCAGAGGAGCACGCCAAGACGCUACAGAUGCUGGCGAAGGAGCUUGAAGAUGCUGUGAAGAAUGCAAGUGGACGUACUGAGGUGCGGAACGCAAAAGAUGCCAUCGAUGCCUAUAUAAACAUCACAAAUGCUAUUAAAGCUGCAGAAGCAGCUGCUAAAGAGGCCAAAGAUGCUGCAGACAACGCCCUGGAUAAUGUAAGCAAACAGAAACUCACAGAAAGAGCCAAAGACCUGAAAGAAAUCGGCGAUAAGCUGCUCAAGGAUGCAGAGGCAGCAGAGCAAGAUCUAAACGACGCUGCCAAAGUUCUUACCAACCUGAAGAAUCGCCUGACGAAUGCAAACUCGAAGAAGGAAAUUCUCGAGAAAAGCCUUCUCGAUGCUGAGAACCAGUUAAAUGACAUUAAGAGAGAUGAUAUUGGGGACAUGAUCGAUGAGGCCAAGAGGAAGGCAUCUGCCGCUAAUGAGACAGCCAAGGACACUAAGAGCAAACUCGACGCCAUCAAAGACGAACUUGCCAAGAUCAAUGUCUCACCUUCGGACUCUAACCUAACCGAUGUUCUGAACGACGUUGACCAGUCAUUGAAGAAUUUGCUGAACACCAUCCCAUCUCUGAAAGAUAAGCUCUCCGAGGUGGAGAACCUGACCUCGCAGUUCUCGCCUGCUAACAACAUUUCUGAGAACAUCAGGAAGAUCAAAGAGCUCAUUGAACAGGCCAGGGGCGCAGCGAACAUGAUUGCCAUCCCCAUGAACUUUGGGGGCGAAGGUCACGUCGAGCUGCGUCCCCCGAAGAGUCUCGACGACCUGAGAGCGUACACAGCCCUGUCUCUGUUGCUGCAGAGACGUCCAGGGAGAGGAGAUGGGCAACGCAGACGCAGGCAGACCUCAAGCAACGGAGACAUGUUUGUGUUGUACCUUGGCAACAGAGAUUCUACUAAAUACAUAGGCAUGGUUUUGAGGAAAUACAGACUGUACGCCAUGUACAACCUCAGAGGAACUGAGUAUGAGAUACGAUCAGAGGAGAUCACUCCAUCAAGGACAUCUCAGCCGGCGACGUUUGAUCAAAUAGACCUACAAAGAAUUUACCAAGAUGCAGAACUGAUCUUUACUAGAGACGUAACCUCGACCGCUCCUGGUGCGCCAGUUAAAAGUGUCAACCAAGGAACCCAGACCCAAAAUCUGCUGGACCUCACUGCUAAUGACACUGUUUUCUAUGUUGGAGGCUACCCCGGCGACUUCGUUCCACCACCUUCACUCCGGCUGCCCAAGUACACGGGCUGCAUUGAGUUCGCCUCCGUCAGUGACAAUGUCACCAGUCUCUACAAUUUCCAAACAGCAGAGAAGAUCAAUACUGAGGAACCGUGCAAGAGGUAUGUGCCUCCCGUGGACGCAGACUUCUAUCAAGGCAGUGGAUACGGCAAAGUGGUUAUAGAAAACCCGAAAAAAAAAACUCACUCCCUCAGUUUGAAUGUCUACACUCGUUCAAAGAAUGGUCUGCUCCUAUAUUUUGGAAGUGAGGAUGACAACUACUUCUAUGUGACUUUGGAGAAGGGUGUGAUCUUUCUACACAGUAAUUUGUUUGAAGUACCAGUUUCAUCUACCGAGCCGAUAACCUUGGACAACACAGAAAUACUAAUUAUUAUCAAAUCAAAUGAGGUCAUAGUCCGUGUGUCCAGUCGAGGAGUAGCAACAGCCGACCUUACAUAUGACUUCACAGAACUGAAAGAAUUCUAUGUCGCCGGUGCCCCAGAUGACAUACGGCAAAGAUACAACAUCACCAUACAGCCAUUCAAAGGAUGUAUGAGGAAUGUGAAGCUGGAUGGCACCUUUAUGUCUAUCACUGAAAAAGUGGGGGUCAGCAGAGGUUGUCCACGGGAUAAUAUGAUUUCUCGGCAAGCGGAGUUCAGCUCGGGGAGCUCCCUCUCAGCCACCCUCGCGGGCUUCAAUCUGGACAAUGACGUUACUGUUUCCCUCGGAUUCAAGAGCACAGAGAAUCAGGGUCUCAUUUUGCAGAACAAACAGUCGACCAACGGGAUCAGUCUGGCGCUGCAAGAUGGCCACGCGAUCCUCAAGCUCAGCAACAAGCUGUGGAAAUCCAACAAGCAGUACAAUGAUGGGCAGUGGCACUACUUGACUGCAACCAGAAGGGGUGCAAGGAUUCAACUUAUCAUUGAUGAUGAAGAUGAAGGUCAGGAGCAGAGUGGCAGCGGAGCCGUACCUGACACAGCGGGAACCCUGACUCUGGGGAAUGGGAACUUCGAAGGCUGCGUUUCCAACCUCUACACGAGACGGCCACAAAAUCUGUACAAGCCAGAGGACUUCUACUCCUUCACUGAUAAAGGAGAUGUCCUGCUGGAUGUGUGCACUGCUCACAGUCCUCUUCAGCAAAUGCUAGACCGCAGCCCUAGGAAGGAUGCUUUGACACAUGUCAGAAACAAGAACACAUCACCAUGUGCGUUGCCAGAUGUGGUUCCACAUGCUUAUCGCAUGGGAGGGCCUGUCAGCAGCCUGAGCUACGUCCUUCCUCUACAGGUCCUUCAGCCCAGACCCCACUUCUCUCUCGAUGUCAGGACUCGAUCUCCUGAAGGCCUGCUGUUCUUUGCUGCAACCAGAGGAGGGCGGUCUCAUCUUGCUUUAUACAUGUCCAAGGGCAGGAUCAGGCUGUCUGUAGGCAAACAGAAGGAGAUCUUCAACCGAGAGAAGUAUAAUGAUGGAAAGUGGCACUCGAUCAUAUUCAGCUUGGAGAAGAAGAAAUUCAGAUUGGUAGUAGAUGGGAUCAAAGCUCAGGAUGGUCAGCUGACAAAUCCUGAAUUGACAUCCAUGCAGCACUUCAUGUCCCCUGUGUACCUGGGCAGCGUCCCAGAAUCCCUUCACAAAGAGUUAAAGUUAAAGGGCCUUCCAAAGCAAAGCGUGCCUGGCUGUGUACGCAAUUUUAAAAUGAACGGCGCACCGAUGUCAAAUCCAGCCACAAACCACGGUGCUGGUCCCUGCUUCGAGAGGCCGACACAAAGAGGGGCUUAUUUCUCAGGGAAUGGAGCACAUGUCAUUGUCAACGACUCCUUUGUUGUGGGCUCCACCUUUGAGCUGCUGUUUAAUAUUCGUCCACGGAAUCUGACUGGACUCCUGCUUCAUGUUGGGGAUUCCACCAGGACCCACUAUCUCAGCAUCUACAUGCUCAGUGGGGAGGUGGUGGCACAGGUGAACAACGGAAAAGGAGAAUUCAAGGUGUCGGUGAAGCCUACCUUGCCGAAAGCAUCUUUAUGUGAUGGGAUUUUCCAUAAAAUUUCAGUAAUCAAGAGGAAAAAUGUUGUGCAACUCUAUGUGGACACACUGGACAAUUACAAGAUUGGACCACAGUCUUCCACUACCACUUUGACCAAAGACCCACUGUAUGUGGGUGGCAUUCCUGAGACAUUUAUGGAAGAGAUCCUCCCCGUCACAUCGUCCUUUGUGGGAUGCAUCCAGGACAUGAGGAUCAACGGUGACCCGGUCUCCUUCGAAAGGCCGUCACGCGUGUUUGGUCCAGUCAACCUCAAAGAGUGUCCGGACUGAACGGACCUAUCUCGUUGCAUCAUCAUUGAACAAACCUUGGGACCAUGUCCUCCGCCAACUAUGUGCAAUCUGUUACCAAGACAGAGAAUGUGUUCGUGUGUAAGGAUGCAUGAAUGUCUGUAUGAGUGUCUGUUUCAGUGUGUGCGUGAAUGGGAAUGAAACAUAGAGAUAUGAGCAGCAGCUUACAUAAUGUCUGUUGCUCCGUUAAACAUUUCUGUAUUUAUUUUAAGAUAGACUAAUGUAUAUUGCGACACUAAUUCAUGAAUGCACAUUCUGAUAUCUGAUCGAUACAGCCUGAUGUGUUGAUGCUCUGAUUCUCCGUCGACAAUCAAAUGCUACUGAAUAUUCUAGUGAUUGGUCAGGGCUGCAUUAGGGGCAUGCCAGCACUUUAAGAGAACUUUUGCUUUUUGUGAUGGUGCUGUAAUUGAGAUCAAUCUCAAGAUCAUUAUUGGUUGAUUUUUCCUUUUUCGUUUUGUUUGUUGGACUUACAGUAAGAUUUUGUGCUAGAAUCAUUACGUUUACACCUGCGGUGCUCGGUUCAGUGACAUUUCAGGGCUUGCCGAUCUAUCCUACAGCUAUAUCCAUAUGCUAACACGUGUUCACCUUUUUCCCAUAUCUUUGUUCUGAGUUAAUUUUUCAUUUUGCAUUCCUGUUACAUGAGGAUGUCCUGUAUUAGUAACCAGUCUCAUAAUUCUGUUCAGUCAUGUAUGGGACCAUUACUAUAAAGUUGAAAGUAACGUAACAAAAAUCAAAAUGUAUUUUAAAUUCACCAGCAAGUGUUUACUUUCCUGCUUUGUAUAUGUUUGGCAAAGUUGAUAUAUUAUAUAUUGAUAUGAAAAAAUGCAUUAUAAUUGGACACAAAUAUAAACUCAUUCCUCUCUUGUGACCACUAAUUUGUAGCCUGUCCAGUUAAUGUUCUUUACAGGUACCUGUCAGGCAUAAAGAGGCCUAUUUUGACCUAUCUUUGAUAAAACAAACACGAUUUUUAAUUUUAA